AUGACUUCUGAGCUGUACGUUGAUGGCUGUGGCCGCGCCUUGGGGCCCGUGCCUGUGUGGGCCCGCGCCCUUCGGCCCUGCUGCGGGGCCCUGCUGUGGGUCACCGGCCGGAGGCGGGGUCGGCAGCACGCUGGCUGCUUCUGGAAAAAUCUCCCGUUCGCUGCAGUGGCAGGCGCCCUGGAGAGCUCCACGCUGACGGGGGCAACCGGGGCACCGCCGAAGGCGGUCCUGCAGAGGCGGAGGCGGCGGGCCUCCCCCGGAGGAGCUGGACCCCCCCCCACCGGCGCACCUCCCCCGGAGGAGCUGGACCCCCCCCACCGGCGCACCUCCCCCGGAGGAACUGGGGGACCCCCCCCCACCGGCGCACCUCCCCCGGAGGAGCUGGGGGACCCCCCCCCACCGGCGCACCUCCCCCGGAGGAACUGGACCCCCCCCACCGGCGCACCUCCCCCGGAGGAGCUGGGGGACCCCCCCCCCACCGGCGCACCUCCCCCGGAGGAGCUGGACCCCCCCCACCGGCGCACCUCCCCCGGAGGAGCUGGGGGACCCCCCCCCCCACCGGCGCACCUCCCCCGGAGGAGCUGGACCCCCCCGCAGCCGGCGCACCUCCCCCGGAGGAGCUGGACCCCCCCCCCCGCAGCCGGCGCACCUCCCCCGGAGGAGCUGGACCCCCCCCCCCGCAGCCGGCGCACCUCCCCCGGAGGAGCUGGGGGACCCCCCCCCCCCGCAGCCGGCGCACCUCCCCCGGAGGAGCUGGACCCCCCCCCACCGGCGCACCUCCCCCGGAGGAGCUGGACCCCCCCCACCGGCGCACCUCCCCCGGAGGAGCUGGGGGACCCCCCCCCACCGGCGCACCUCCCCCGGAGGAGCUGGACCCCCCCCCCCGCAGCCGGCGCACCUCCCCCGGAGGAGCUGGCCCCCCCCCCCGCAGCCGGCGCACCUCCCCCGGAGGAGCUGGACCCCCCCGCAGCCGGCGCACCUCCCCCGGAGGAGCUGGACCCCCCCCCCCGCAGCCGGCGCACCUCCCCCGGAGGAGCUGGACCCCCCCCCCCGCAGCCGGCGCACCUCCCCCGGAGGAGCUGGACCCCCCCCCCCGCAGCCGGCGCACCUCCCCCGGAGGAGCUGGACCCCCCCCCGCAGCCGGCGCACCUCCCCCGGAGGAGCUGGGGGACCCCCCCCCCCCGCAGCCGGCGCACCUCCCCCGGAGGAGCUGGGGGACCCCCCCCCCCCGCAGCCGGCGCACCUCCCCCGGAGGAGCUGGACCCCCCCCCCCGCAGCCGGCGCACCUCCCCCGGAGGAGCUGGCCCCCCCCCCCGCAGCCGGCGCACCUCCCCCGGAGGAGCUGGACCCCCCCCGCAGCCGGCGCACCUCCCCCGGAGGAGCUGGACCCCCCCCCCCCGCAGCCGGCGCACCUCCCCCGGAGGAGCUGGACCCCCCCCCCCCGCAGCCGGCGCACCUCCCCCGGAGGAGCUGGGGGACCCCCCCCCCCGCAGCCGGCGCACCUCCCCCGGAGGAGCUGGGGGACCCCCCCCCCCCGCAGCCGGCGCACCUCCCCCGGAGGAGCUGGACCCCCCCCCCCCGCAGCCGGCGCACCUCCCCCGGAGGAGCUGGACCCCCCCCCCCGCAGCCGGCGCACCUCCCCCGGAGGAGCUGGACCCCCCCCCGCAGCCGGCGCACCUCCCCCGGAGGAGCUGGACCCCCCCCCCCGCAGCCGGCGCACCUCCCCCGGAGGAGCUGGACCCCCCCCCCGCAGCCGGCGCACCUCCCCCGGAGGAGCUGGACCCCCCCCCACCGGCGCACCUCCCCCGGAGGAGCUGGGGCCCCCCGGAGGAGCCGCCCGAGCAUCUCGGCCCCGCAGUCGCACCGAGGUGA